AUGCGUGUCCGAGUGUCCUUGGUGACCAAUAAUCCGCCUCACAAGCCCCACCCCCACGAACUGGUGAGGAAAGACUGCAAACAUGGUUACUAUGAGGCAGACCUGCAGGAGAGACGAGUACACAGGUUAGACUGUGUGUAUGUGUGUAUGUUUUGGGAGUGAGUGUGUGUGUGUCUGCAUGUGAGGGGAGGUCUGUGUGUGUGUGUAUGGGUGUGUGAUGAAAUACAAAGUAACAAAAUGUUUGUUUGAUGCAGUGUGCACCUGCCAACAUCUUGUUAGAGGACAUAGAAGACAUCUGUGGGAAGCCGUUGUCACGGAUUCAGCCGAGGCUGCCCCUCCUCCUUGCUCGGGCAGGCUUCGGCGUUCGUCGUCCACGGAGUACUAGCGGCUACCGAUCCAUGUAUCUAUGUUCGACUUGUUUUGUCUUUAUUGAUCACACCUGUUUCCCAUUAUGUAGUUAUGUCUUCCCUAUUUAACCCUCUGUCUCACACUGUUUGUUGUGUGUGUUUGUUCAUGUUUCGGCUGUCGUUAGUGUGCAGGUUUGUUCCCUCCCUGCGUGGAGGUUGUUGUUCUUUCUUUUACCUUCGAGUAAAGUACGCCUUCUGAUUAGCUCUGUGUCCUGCGCCUGACUUCGCCUACCGCAUUACAACUACGCCCUGACAGAAACACACACCAUCUACAUGGAGUCAGCAGGUACAGCGAUGCCAGCCGGAUCGAUGGAGGAAUGCGUCCAACAACAAGCGGCCAUGAUCCAGGCUCUCGGCACCGCCAUGGAACGAGUGGUGAACACUAUGGAGCGAUGAAAGAGAGGAGGUCUCCCUAUACCUCCUCCGAUUACACCACCACCCACACCGAUGUCCAUCACUUCACCUCCAGGGUCCAGUGGGAUUCGGCUCUCGCUCCCGAGGGCUUAUGACGGUACAGCUGUCGGGUGUCAGGGUUUUCUGCUCCAGGUAGAGCUCUACCUGGAAACCAUCCACCCGGCUCCCUCGGGAUACGAGAGCGUGUCCGCCCUCAUUUCCUGUCUGUCUGGUAAAGCGCUGGAGUGGGCCAACGCCGAGUGGGGGGGAAUAGACGCCGCAACGGUAAGCUAUGCAGAGUUUACCCGCCGCUUUAGGGCGGUAUUCAAUCAUCCACCAGAGGGGAGAGCGGCGGGUGAGCAUCUAUUCCACCUCAGACAGGGGAAGAGGAGCGUGCAGGAAUUUGCACUGGACUUUCGGACUCUGGCUGCCAGCGCAGGAUGGAAUGAGAGGGCCCUCAUCGACCACUACCGCUGUAGCUUGAGGGAGGACGUUUGUCGGGAAUUGGCCUGCAGGGACACCAACCUAAACCUGGACCAACUGGUUGAUAUGUCGAUUCGACUGGAUAACCUGUUGGCUACUCGCGGACGUCCGGAUCAGGGGCCGUCCAUUCCAGCACCUCCGACCCUACCCCUAUGGAGCUCGGAGGUGCUGCUAUGAGGGAGACCGGUAGAGGGGCCGUCUCCUGCACCAACUGUGGCCGCAGAGGACACACUGCUGGUCGGUGCUGGGGAGGGCCUCCAAGGAGUCGAGGCAGUAGGCACCCAACUCACCCAGAGCUCCCUGUUGCGCAUAUGUGUAUUCAUGUUGUGUUUCCCGAGUUUUCUUCUCAUUCCCAGCAUAAGGCGCUAGUAGAUUCAGGCGCAGCUGGGAACUUUAUUGAUCGUCAGUUUACCCGUAGGUUAGGGAUUCCUAUUGUGCCAGUCGAUGUGCCCUUCCCUAUCUAUGCCCUAGAUAGUCGCCCUUUAGGGUCAGGUCUGAUUAGGGAGGUCACAGCACCACUCUGGAUGAAGAUGCAGGAGGGGCAUGAGGAAAUAAUUAGUCUAUAUCUGAUUGAUUCUCCUGCGUUUCCCGUGGUGUUGGGGCUUCCCUGGUUAACUUCUCAUGACCCCACUAUUUCAUGGCAACAGAGGGCUCUCAAGGGAUGGUCAAGUCAGUGCUUGGGGAGGUGUGUAGGUGUUUCCGUAGGGGCAACUACGGUGGAAAGUCCAAACCAGGUUCCCACCAUGCACAUUCCGACUGAAUAUGCCGAUUUGGCUCUCGCCUUCUGUAAAAAGAAGGCGACUCAAUUACCACCCCAUCGACAGGGGGAUUGUGCGAUAAACCUCCAGGUAGGCGCUGCGCUUCCCCGGAGUCAUGUGUAUCCUCUGUCACAGGAAGAGACGGCGGCUAUGGAAACAUAUGUCAGAGAGAGACAGGGAUACAUUCGGCCGUCCACUUCCCCUGCGUCAUCGAGUUUCUUUUUUGUGAAGAAGAAGGAUGGUGGCUUACGCCUGUGCAUUGACUACCGUGGUCUAAAUCAGAUCACAAUAAAAUACAGCUAUCCAUUACCUCUGAUUGCGAGUAUGACGGAGUCAUUGCACAGGGCGCGUUUCUUCACUAAAUUGGAUCUCAGGAGCGCGUACAACCUGGUGCAUAUCCGGGAGGGAGAUGAGUGGAAGACAGUAUUUAGUACCACCUCGGGGCACUAUGAGUACCUCGUCAUGCCAUACGGUUUGAUGAAUGCUCCUUCAGUCUUCCAAUCUUUUGUUGAUGAGAUUUCCCGGGACCUGCAUGGACAGGGUGUAGUGGUGUAUAUUGAUGACAUUCUAAUAUACUCCGCUACAUGGGCCGAGCAUGCUUCCUUGGUGCGUCAGGUGCUUGGUAGACUGUUGGAGCAUGACCUGUAUGUGAAGGCGGAGAAAUGUCUGUUCUUCCAAGAAUCCAUCUCCUUCCUAGGACACCGCCUGUCCGCGUCAGGUGUGGAGAUGGAGAUUGACCGCGUUUCGGCCGUGUGUAAUUGGCAGACUCCAACGGUGAAGGAGGUGCAGCGAUUCUUGGGUUUUGCCAAUUACUACCGGAGUUUUAUCCGGGGCUUUGGGCAGGUAGCGGCUCCCAUUACCUCCUUGCUAAAGGGAUGGCCAGUGCAUCUGCAGUAGUCAGCUGAGGCGGACAGGGCUUUUGGGCAUCUGAAGGACCUGUUUACUUCGGCUCCGGUGCUGGCUCAUCCAGAUCCUUCCUUGGCAUUCCAGGUUGAGGUGGAUGCGUCCGAGGCUGGGAUUGGAGCUGUACUGUCUCAGCGCUCGGGUACGCCACCAAAACUCCGCCCCUGUGCUUUCUUUUCUAAGUAGCUCAGUCCGGCGGAGCGCAAUUAUGAUGUGGGGGACCGGGAGCUGUUAGCUGUGGUUCAAGCUCUGAAAGUGUGGAGGCAUUGGCUUGAGGGGGCUAAACACCCUUUUCUCAUUUUGACUGACCAUCGUAACCUGGAGUACGUCCAGGCGGCGAGGAGGUUGAACCCUCGUCAGGCAAGGUGGGCCAUGUUCUUCACUCGUUUUGUGUUUACGCUCACUUACAGACCAGGUUCCCAGAACGCUAAGGCAGACGCCCUGUCCCGACUGUAUGACACAGAGGAGAGGUCCAUUGAGCCCACUCCCAUACUCCCGGCGUCGUGUCUGGUGGCACCGGUGGUAUGGGAGAUUGACGCGGACAUCGAGCGGGCGUUACGUACCGAGCCCACUCCCCCCCAGUGUCCAGAGGGUCGGAUGUACGUGCCGCUCGAGGUUCGUGAUCGAUUGAUCUAUCGGGCUCACACGUCACCCUCCUCUGGUCAUCCUGGCAUCGGUCGGACAGUGCACUGUCUUAGUGGGAAGUACUGGUGGCCCACUUUAGCCAAGGACGUGAGAAUUUAUGUUUCCUCCUGCUCGGUGUGCGCCCAGUGUAUGUUAGGCCUACUGCUGCUAGGUAGCUCUCUCUGCUCUCUCCCUCCCCUCUGUCUGUCCUUGAUUGCAGGAGUGAAGUCUGGUGUGCGGGAGUCAGGGUUCCAGCUGCAGCUCAUUCACCAUAAUCACCUCAGCCUUUAAGACCCGGUCAAACUUACCACUCAUCGUCAGAUCAUAGUCAAGACGACCAUGUUAGUCUCGCUGCCGACUCAACCUGGUAAUUUUUGCUCUUUGUGUUUUUGGCCUGUUCUAUUUACUUUUUCUCCUGUGCCACAGAUAUUUGGAACCUGACUCCUGCCUCCGCUUCACUCCUGCCACCACCAUCCUGCUCUCCACUACCGGACCUCUCUUUUGGACUCACCACGGACACUAGGACAUUACGGUACCACACCUGCCCUGAUCUGGAUCUGUUACCCUCCCUGAAACCUGGACUUGCUCUUUCCCUAUAUUUGGAAACCUGGACUUUGAACAUUGUAAAUAAACCUGUUAAAACUUCUCUGGCUUGGCGUACUUGUCUGCAUUUGGGUUCUUAUCCAGUUAAAUCAUAACAGUAUGAUCUGACCAUCAUGAACCCAGCAGACAGUAGCUCGGAUACCACCCCUGAGUGCACUCAAAUUUGGACUGCCAUAGCCAAUCAGGGCAUUUUACUUGGCCAACAUGAUACCCUGUUUAAGACGAUUGCUGAGGACAGUCAGGUGCUGCUUAAUCAGGUUCAAUUACUCUCCAAUCAAGUGUCUGCCCUUACUACCCCUUCAGCCCAGAUCAGAGAGCCUUUUGUUCCUGCUCCAGAGCGCUAUGACGGGAACAUGGGAACCUGUGGCGAUUUUUUGACUCAAUGCUCGUUAGUGUUUGAACAACAGCCCCUCACCUACGCCUCAGAAAGAGCCCGUAUUGCCUACCUUAUCAACUCUACUAGCGGUUCCGCUCGUGCCUGGGGAUCCGCGGUCUGGGAGAGUCAGUCGGACAUUUGCAACGCUUACGUUGCCUUCACCACGGAGAUGAGGAAGGUUUUUGACCACCCCGUACGAGGCAAGGAGGCUGCGAAACGGUUGUUUUCUCUUCGGCAGGGGGCUCGUAGUGUGGCGGAGAUGGCAGUGGAGUUUCGGACUUUAGCAGCAGUGAGUGGUUGGAAUGACGAGGCAUUACAAGGAGUGUUCAUCAAUGCUUUGUCUGAGACUUUAAAAGAUGAAUUGGUGUCAUAUGAUGAAUCGCCUACGCUGGAUAAUCUUAUUUCACUCACUAUCAGGUUGGAUAAUCGGAUUCGGGAGCGUGGCCGGGAGAGGAGUGUUAGUUCCAAGCAACCUGUCUGUCAUCAACAAACUCCUUCCUGCAUCUUCCCUACGGAGAAAGCUGUGUCUUCCCGAGUCGAUACGAGGAGCACUGAACCCGAAGCCAUGGAGGUGGGUCGUGCACGGUUGUCCUCAGAGGAGCGUGCACGUCGUAUUCAUGCUCGGGUCUGCCUGUAUUGUGGAGAAGCUGGUCAUUUCGUUCCUUCCUGCCCAGUUCGUCCGGGAAAAGGGCCGGCUCAUCAUUAAUGGGAGAGGUUUUGGUGAGCCGAGCAGCGGAUUCUUCCUCUUCUCCCCGCAUUCUGCUCCAGGCAUCCCUCCAGUGGCAGUCCCAGAAUUCCUCUGUUAGUGCGCUGAUUGACUCUGGUGCCGACGAAAGCUUUUUGGAUAGAGAGUGGGCUCAACAAAUGGAUUUGGAGACUGUUCCUGUGGACUGUCCGCUGCAGGCUAAGGGUCUAAAUGGACAAUUGUUGACCCGUAUUACCCAUCAGACUGUUCCUGUUUGUCUUAGAGUGUCGGGAAAUCAUCAGGAGAACAUUCAAUUCCAUAUUAUCGACUGCCCACAGACCCCCCUGGUCCUUGGUAUCCCCUGGCUCAUAAGACACAAUCCACACAUUGAUUGGGUGACAGGUAGCAUUGUUUCAUGGAGCACAUUUUGUCAUGUGAAUUGUUUGUGUUCUGCUCAGACUCCUGCCAGUACUGUGCCUCAACCUCCACUGGAGUCCAUGGAUCUUUCUGCUGUUCCUGACGUGUAUCAUGACCUGGCAUCCGUUUUCUGCAAACACAGAGCUACUUCUCUUCCUCCUCACCGGCCUUACGACUGCGCCAUUGACCUCCAGCCAGGAGCCCCGCUCCCCAGCAGUCGCCUGUACAAUCUCUCCCGGCCGGAGACGGAGGCUAUGGAGAACUACAUUCGGGACUCCUUGGCGGCAGGUAUUAUGCGUCCUUCCUCGUCACCUGUAGGAGCGGGAUUCUUUUUUGUUGCUAAGAAGGAUAAGACCCUCAGACCCUGUAUUGAUUACCGUGGACUUAACAACAUCACUAUUAAGAACAAGUAUGCUUUGCCUUUGAUUAAUUCUGCUUUUCCCCUCCUUCAUGGUGCUACCAUCUUUACGAAACUGUAUCUACGAAAUGCGUAUCACCUGGUGCGCAUUCGUAAGGGUGAUGAAUGGAAGACUGCCUUCAACACACCCUUGGGACAUUUUGAGUAUCUGGUUAUGCCUUUUGGGUUGUCCAAUGCCCCUGCUGUUUUUCAGGCACUAGUCAAUGAUGUCCUUCGGGACAUGUUGAAUCGGUUUGUUUUUGUCUAUCUGGAUGAUAUCUUGAUUUUCUCAGAGUCCUCCCAGGAACAUGAACUGCAUGUGCGCCAGGUGUUGCAAAGGUUGUUGGAGAACAAACUGUUUGUAAAGAUGGAGAAAUGUGAAUUUCAUGUGUCUGAGACCUCUUUUUUGGGUUACAUCAUAGCUCAGGGGGAGUUGCGGAUGGACCCAGCUAAGAUCUCUGCUGUCACGGACUGGCCAGCUCCCUCUACCCGCAAACAACUUCAACGAUUCCUGGGGUUUGCGAACUUCUAUAGGAGGUUCAUCAAGGACUACAGCCGCAUUGCGGCGCCACUCACCGCUCUCACCUCCAUCUCACGACCGUUCGCUUGGAAUGAAGGGGCCGAAUCAGCGUUCGAAAAACUGAAACAUCGCUUCGCCUCGGCUCCCAUUCUGAUGCAGCCGGACCCCGACCGCCAGUUUGUCGUGGAGGUGGAUGCUUCCGACACUGGGGUAGGUGCGGUGUUGUCACAACGUUCUCCUGAAGAUAACAAACUGCAUCCCUGUGCUUUUCUCUCAAGGAAACUUUCUCAGGCAGAGAGGAAUUAUGAUGUUGGCAAUCGUGAACUGCUCGCCGUUAAGCUGGCUCUCGAGGAGUGGCGACAUUGGUUGGAGGGGGCGGAACAACCCUUCAUCGUUUGGACGGAUCAUAAGAAUCUGGCUUACCUCCAGUCAGCGAAGCAGCUCAACCCCCGUCAAGCCAGGUGGGCACUAUUUUUUGGGAGAUUCAAUUUUUCUCUGUCUUACCCUUCCUGGGUCACGCAACGUCAAGCCUGACGCCCUGUCUCGUGUUCAUUCGGCUGUUGAUACUGGUAGUAACCCUGAACCCAUUUUGCCUCCUACCUGCAGUAUUGCGGUCAUCACAUGUGACAUCGAGGGGAUUGUUAGACAGGCUCAACAUCAUCAAGCUGACCCUGGGAGGGGUCCUCCUAACCGGAUGUUUGUCCCCGAGUCUGCUCGCUCCCAGGUACUUCAGUGGGCUCACUCGUCUCCCCUUACCUGUCACCCUGGAGUUUCGCGGACCCUUAACUUUGUGCGACGGAAGUUCUGGUGGGCCACGAUGGAGGCGGACACUCGAGCCUUCAUUGCUGCUUGUACGGUAUGUGCACGAAGUAAAAACUCCACCCAGGCCAGCGCUGGUCAUCUACGACCUCUACCUAUACCCAGCCGGCCCUGGUCGCAUAUCGCUAUGGAUUUUGUCACUGGACUUCCCCCCUCGUCUGGAAAGACUGUCAUUCUUACGGUGAUUGAUCGUUUUUCUAAGUUCGCUCAUUUUUUGGCCCUACCUAAACUGCCCACUGCCAGAGAGACGGCUGAUAUUUUGGUUGAACAUGUGUUCCGCUCUCAUGGUCUACCCACGGAUAUUGUCUCUGACAGGGGUCCCCAGUUUGUCUCCCAGGUGUGGAAAGCUUUCUGUAAAGCUUUGGGCAUUACAUCCAGCCUGUCCUCUGGAUAUCACCCCCAGACCAACGGGCAAGCCGAGAGAGCGAACCAGGAGAUGGAGACCGCUCUUCGCUGUGUCACUGGGUCUAACCCUGGGUCAUGGAGCUCCAUGCUCCCCUGGGUGGAAUAUGCUCAUAACACCUUGACUAACGCUUCCUCUGGUUUGUCUCCUUUUCUGUGUGCUCUGGGUUAUCAACCUCCCCUGUUCCCUUCCCAAGAGAGGGAACUGGCGGUACCCUCGGUGCAGUCCCACAUGCGCCGCUGCUUCAAGGUCUGGAGGAAGGCCAGGGUAGCUCUGUCCCGAGCUUCGGCGUACAUGCAGAGGCAAGCCAACCGUCACCGGUCCCAGGCUCCCGGUUACUCUCCUGGUCAAGAGGUAUGGCUGAAGUCACGGGACCUUCCAUUGAAGGUGGAGUCUAAGAAGAUGGCGCCUCGUUUUAUAGGACCGUUCAAGAUACUGUCUAUUGUUAACCCCUGCGCGGUUAAGCUACAGCUUCCUGCCUCCCUACGGGUUCAUUCCACCUUUCAUGUUUCCCAGAUUAAGCCUGUGUCGGUUAGCCCUCUGUGCCCGCCCUCUCGUCCCCCUCCUCCGCCCAGGAUCGUGGGUGGGGGUCCGGUCUACACGGUCCGGCGACUUCUGGAUGUUCGCCGCCGAGGUCGUGGUUUCCAGUACCUGGUGGAUUGGGAGGGUUAUGGUCCUGAGGAACGUUCCUGGGUGCCCAGGAGCUUCAUUGUGGAUCCUGCUCUGGUCCGAGAGUUUCAUAGGUUACAUCCCGAUAAACCCCGUCGGCCGCCAGGUGGCGUCCGUAGAGGGGGGGGUACUGUUAGGCCUACUGCUGCUAGGUAGCUCUCUCUGCUCUCUCCCUCCCCUCUGUCUGUCCUUGAUUGCAGGAGUGAAGUCUGGUGUGCGGGAGUCAGGGUUCCAGCUGCAGCUCAUUCACCAUAAUCACCUCAGCCUUUAAGACCCGGUCAAACUUACCACUCAUCGUCAGAUCAUAGUCAAGACGACCAUGUUAGUCUCGCUGCCGACUCAACCUGGUAAUUUUUGCUCUUUGUGUUUUUGGCCUGUUCUAUUUACUUUUUCUCCUGUGCCACAGAUAUUUGGAACCUGACUCCUGCCUCCGCUUCACUCCUGCCACCACCAUCCUGCUCUCCACUACCGGACCUCUCUUUUGGACUCACCACGGACACUAGGACAUUACGGUACCACACCUGCCCUGAUCUGGAUCUGUUACCCUCCCUGAAACCUGGACUUGCUCUUUCCCUAUAUUUGGAAACCUGGACUUUGAACAUUGUAAAUAAACCUGUUAAAACUUCUCUGGCUUGGCGUACUUGUCUGCAUUUGGGUUCUUAUCCAGUUAAAUCAUAACAGUGUAAGGCACCUAGACAUCUGCCCAGAGGGAAAUUACAACCCCUACCUGUUCCACAACGGCCGUGGUCCCACCUAUCGGUGGAUUUUGUGACGGACCUUCCCCCCUCGCAAGGGAAUACCACGAUCCUGGUCGUUGUGGAUCGGUUUUCGAAGGCCUGCCGUCUCAUUCCUAUGCCAGGUCUUCCUAAAGUCUUGCAGAAUGCUGAAGCCCUGUUUACACACGUCUUCCGGCACUACGGGGUACCUGAGGAUAUUGUGUCGGUUCGGGGUCCCCAGUUCACCUCAAGGGUCUGGAGGACGUUCAUGGAAUGUCUGGGGGUCUCGAUUAGCCUUACCUCAGGUUUUCACCCCGAGAGUAAUGGGCAGGUGGAGAGAGUUAACCAGGAUGUGGGUAGGUUUCUGAGGUCCUAUUGCCAGGACCAGCAGGGGGAGUGGUCAGGUUAUAUCCCCUGGGCAGAGAUAGCCCAAAACUCACUCCGCCACUCCUCUACUAACCUUACGCCUUUCCAGUGUGUGUUAGGUUAUCAGCCGGUCCUGGCACCUUGGCAUCAGAGCCAGAUCGAGGCUCCUGCGGUGGAUGAGUGGUUUUGGCGCUCGGAAGAGACCUGGAACGCUGCUCAUGUACACCUGCAGAGGGCAAUCAGGCGACAAAAGGCAGGCGGCGAUCGCCACCGCAGUGAGGAUCGGGUCUGGCUCUCGACCUGAAACCUGCCCCUUCGCCUACCCUGCCGGAAGCUGGGUCGGCGGUUUGUGGGGCCAUUUAAAGUCCUGAGGAGAUUGAACAAGGUUUGUUAUAGGUUACAACUUCCUAUUAAUUACCAUAUUAACCCCUCGUUCCAUGUGUCUCUCCUCAGGCCGGUAGUAGCUGGUCCACUCCAGGAGUCUGAGGUACGGGAGGUUCCUCCGCCCCCACUGGACAUCGAGGGGGCUCCGGCGUACUCGGUCUGUUCCAUCUUGGAUUCGAGGCGUCUGGUGGGUGGCCUGCAGUAUCUCGUGGAGUGGGAGGGGUACGGUCCGAAGGAACGGUGCUGGGUCCCUAGGAGGGACAUCCUCGAUCCCUCCAUGUUGAGGGAUUUCCACCAGAGUCAUCCGACCCGCCCUGCUCCGUGUCCUCCUGGCCGUCCCCGAGGCCGGUGUCGGCGCACAGCUGGAGCCGCACGUCAAGGGGGGGGCGGGGGUACUAUCACGUAUUCAGCCGAGGCUGCCCCUCCUCCUUGCUUGGGCAGGCUUCGGCGUUCGUCGUCACCGGAGUACUAGCGGCUACCGAUUCAUGUACAGUGGGGAGAACAAGUAUUUGAUACACUGCUGAUUUUGCAGGUUUUCCUACUUACAAAGCAUGUAGAGGUCUGUAAUUUUUAUCAUAGGUACACUUCAACUGUGAGAGACGGAAUCUAAAACAAAAAUCCAGAAAAUCACAUUGUAUGAUUUUUAAGUAAUUAAUUUGCAUUUUAUUGCAUGACAUAAGUAUUUGAUACAUCAGAAAAGCAGAACUUAAUAUUUGGUACAGAAACCUUUGAUUGCAAUUACAGAGAUCAUACGUUUCCUGUAGGUCUUGACCAGGUUUGCACACACUGCAGCAGGGAUUUUUUUUUUGGUGUUCUUGGGGUUGUACUCAUCCUUCUUCUUCCACCAAACACGGCGAGUGGAGUUUAGACCAAAAAGCUCUAUUUUUGUCUCAUCAGACCACAUGACCUUCUCCCAUUCCUCCUCUGGAUCAUCCAGAUGGUCAUUGGCAAACUUCAGACGGGCCUGGACAUGCGCUGGCUUGAGCAGGGGGACCUUGCGUGCCCUGCAGGAUUUUAAUCCAUGACUGCGUAGUGUGUUACUAAUGGUUUUCUUUGAGACUGUGGUCCCAGCUCUCUUCAGGUCAUUCACCAGGUCCUGCCGUGUAGUUCUGGGCUGAUCCCUCACCUUCCUCAUGAUCAUUGAUGCCCCACGAGGUGAGAUCUUGCAUGGAGCCCCAGACCGAGGGUGAUUGACCGUCAUCUUAAACUUCUUCCAUUUUCUAAUAAUUGCGCCAACAGUUGUUGCCUUCUCACCAAGCUGCUUGCCUAUUGUCCUGUAUCCCAUCCCAGCCUUGUGCAGGUCUACAAUUGUAUCCCUGAUGUCCUUACACAGCUCUCUGGUCUUGGCCAUUGUGGAGAGGUUGGAGUCUGUUUGAUUGAGUGUGUGGACAGGUGUCUUUUAUACAGGUAACGAGUUCAAACAGGUGCAGUUAAUACAUGUAAUGAGUGGAGAACAGGAGGGCUUCUUAAAGAAAAACUAACAGGUCUGUGAGAGCCGGAAUUCUUACUGGUUGGUAGGUGAUCAAAUACUUAUGUCAUGCAAUAAAAUGCAAAUGUAUUACUUAAAAAUCAUACAAUGUUAUUUUCUGGAUUUUUGUUUUAGAUUCCGUCUCUCACAGUUGAAGUGUACCUAUGAUAAAAAUUACAGACCUCUAUAUGCUCUGUAAGUAGGAAAACCUGCAAAAUCGGCAGUGUAUCAAAUACUUGUUCUCCCCACUGUAUCUAUGUUCGACUUGUUUUGUCUUUAUUGAUCACACCUGUUUCCCAUUAUGUAAUUAUGUCUUCCCUAUUUAACCCUCUGUCUCACACUGUGUGUUGUGUGUGUUUGUUCAUGUUUCGGCUGUCGUUAGUGUGCGGGUUUGUUCCCUCCCUGCGUGGAGGUUGUUGUUCUUUCUUUUACCUUCGAGUAAAGUAUGCCUUCUGAUUAGCUCUGUGUCCUGCGCCUGACUUCGCCUACCGCAUUACACUGAUGCCCUGACAGCCGUGGACAUGUGUGUGGAUGUGUGUGUGGAUGUGUGUUGAGUCUUGGUUUUAAAGGCUAGAACCAGAGGAUGGUUGAAUGAAGCACCUUCUUGUGGUCGAUAUCUACAGUAUUUCACUUUCACUCUGACUCCUUCUCUCACUGUCUGCUCUCAGUUUUCAGAACCUGGGCAUUCAGUGUGUGUGAAGAAAAAGGAUGUGUUUCCUGUAGACUGCAGACCCAAAACAACCCCUACAACAGUGAGUACAUGCAUGCACGCAUGGACGCAAACGCACACACACUCUGUACGUGACAGUCCACUGUCAUAACAUUAUGCCAGUUACAUACAGUAAUUGACUCCUCCAAUCUAAUUUUCAUGUUUUGUCCUCCAUUGACCCUAACUGAAAGGAUACAGCCAAUGCCAAAUAGCCAAUCCCAGAUGCCACACCCAUUGGCUUUGUCUGACUGUGUUGUGUUUUGGCUGCAGUUCCUGAGGCGAAGGUGUGGUAGGAGAGUUUGACCUAAAUGCAGUGAGGCUGUGUUUCCAGGCCUCGAUCACUCUACCUACCGGGGAACUCUGCACACUGGAGCCCGUGGUAUCCCAGCCCAUCUACAACAACAGUGAGUCUGUUAUACACACAGACACACCCACGUACAUACACAUGUAAAUGCGCACUCAUGCGCACACACACACCCAAUAGAUUAUUUCGAUACACACUCUCCCCAAACACUCACUAAGUCCAGCCUGGCUCCUUCCUCUGUCACUGCUGUCCAUGCUGUUUCACUGUGGGGCAAUUCCACAGUAACGGAAUUGCACUGAAACUAAGAUUUUUUCUCUUAAAAUGUAUGCCAAACAAAAACAAUUGAUUUAAACAUUUAACAAACCACACAGCUCUAUACACAAGGACUACUUUUAACAAUUUAAACUGAACAUUUUUCAAAAACACAUUUACUGGAAGAACUGUGCAGACGCAAAGUUUGGUAACAAAAUGUCGGUAAAAUCUCCCUUCGUUUUUUUACGUGUCCACGUUUUACAAAAACUAAAAUAUCUGCUCCGAAUUAAGAUUCAAAGAUGUCUGCAGAAAGAAUGACAUGGCACCUUGAGUUUGAAAAAAACUAUUUUGGUUUUUGAACUACAGUAAGUGAAGUGGAUUUACACCCGAUAACGGAAUUUCAUCGUGGGUCCCUGAUCUGUACUUCACAGAAAUGCAUAAUUAUGGAUAUGAAUAUCAUUCUCUUCAUGAUGAUAUAUCUUAAAUAGAUACACAAAUGUAGAAACAUGCAAUAUCCUCUUCUGCAUAUUUGGGUAUUAUUCUACAUACUGGCUAUUAUUUUAAUGAGCUCCGCCACCAAACAAGACAACAUUUCGUUGGUCCGGACCGGACCGAAUUUGAGCCAAUCAUAGGCGUCUACGUUUCAUAAGUUUGGACAUCAAAGUACAGCACAGUAGAGCUCAGUAGAGUACAUAACAGAGAGUAAAGUUCAGUACCAGAACUUGGGUAACUAUAGUUUUAACUAUGCUUUAUGAAAAGUAACUAUUUUUCCGGGGAAACAAAUAGUUACUUUGGAGGUGACUACAACUAUUUUAAUACAGAUCCCAAAAAAGGACUACUUUUCAAAACUAUUUGAAUACAGAUCUGAGAAAGCAACUACUUUUCAGAAACUAUUGGAUUGGCUGCCUUCAAGUAAUGGCAGGGCUGCAUCUGAAACUGCAUGUUGAAGAAUACAAUUUAAUGAAUAGAGCACACACAAUCACCUAUAUUAUUCAAAUCAAUCUGACAGUCAUAUCUGAACUGCACAAUACAUUUAAAUCUGAGCAGUUUGUAAAUGUCCAUUCUCCUGAAUGUCCAUUGCCCCAUGGGUACAUGAUCAGGUCAAACCAAUUCACCAAUGAUAUUUUGUACAGAUAAGUAUAAAUAAGUUGUGACACUCAACUACUGUAUGACCCUGUCAACAUGCCACUGAAAAGAUCGAAAGCUGCAAUUCAUUUAAUGAUACCUGAAAAUACUGCAGAGCCGUUCGCAAACAUUGCAAACAGCAAAUUGGAUGCUUAGCAAAAACAACUUCGAACAUCUUUGUCCAUCUGAGGGUAAGUGUUCUUGUUUCAAACAAACACUAUAGCAUAUUUAAAGGGAUAGUUUACUCAGAAUACAACCUAACAUGAUUUUCCACUUACCUUGGCUGUAGUUGAUUUAAGAAGGCAGUUUUGGGAUAUUUAAUUUCCUUUCGACACUUAAUAGCCAUAUUUGUUACUGUUAGUAUUCUCAGUAACAUUAACAUUAACAUUACUGUUCUUGUGCCUGUGUAAUAAAACUGUAAUUACAUUUGGAGCAACAUUUUAUUAGUAUAUUGUUAGAUAAUAGUUUGGCAAUUUCAUUGUAAUUGCCUAGCAAUGAGCUGAGAGUUUUUGUAACUACUGUACACAAGAGGAAUAGUGACUGUUCCUUAUUCCACUUAUGUAAUAACUUCAUUAUUAUGCAAUUAUAUAACAAUUUCCAAAGUCCUAUGUAACAGCAAUGUUGCUAUUGUAAUAAUCACAAAGUUACUACACAUACAGUGCAUUCGAAAGUAUUCAGACCCCUUGACUUUUUCGACAUUUUGUUACGUUACAGCCUUAUUCUAAAAUUGAUUAAAUCGUUUUUUUCCCCCUCAUCAAUACCCCAUUUAUUUCCACACAAUACCCCAUAAUGACAAAGCAAAAACAGGUUUUUAGAAAUGUUUGCAAAUGUAUAUAAAAAAAAUUAUAUCACAUUUACAUAAGUAUUCAGACCCUUUACUCAGUACUUUGUUGAAGCACCUUUGGCGAUUACGGCCUCAAGUCUUAUAGGGUAGGACGCUACAAGCUUGGCACACCUUUAUUUGGGGAGUUUCUCCUAUUCCUCUCUGCAGAUCCUCUCAAGCUCUGGCAGGUUGGAUGGGGAGCGUUGCUGCACAGCUAUUUUCAGGUCUUUCCAGAGAUGUUCAAUCGGGUUCAAGUCCGGGCUCUGGCUGGGCCACUCAAGGACAUUCAGAGACUUGUCCCGAAGCCACUCCUGCGUUGUCUUGGCUGUGUGCUUAGGGUCGUUCUCCUGUUGGAAGGUGAACCUUUGCCCCAGUCUGAGGUCCUGAGUGCUCUGGAGCAGGUUUUCAUCAAGGAUUUCUCCGUUCAUCUUUCCCUCGAUCUUGACUAGUCUCCCUGCUGCUGAAAAACAUCCCCACUGCAUGAUGCUGCCACCACCAUGCAUCACCGUGGGGAUGGUGCCAGGUUUCCUUCAGACGUGAUGCUUGGCAUUCAGGCCAACGAGUUCAAUCUUGGUUUCAUCAGACCAGAGAAUCUUGUUUCUCAUGGUCUGAGAGUCAUUAGGGGCCUUUUGGCAAACUCCAAGCGGGCUGUCAUGUGCCUUUUACUGAGGAGUGGCUUCCGUCUGGCCACUCUACCAUAAAUGCCUUAUUGGUGGAGUGCUGCAGAGAUGGUUGUCCUUCUGGACAGUUCUCCCAUCUCCACAGAGGAACUCUGAAACUUGGUCACCUCCCUGACCAAGGCCCUUCUCCCCCGAUUGCUCAGUUUGGCUGGCUGCCAGCUCUAGGAAGAGUCUUGAUGCUUCCAAACUUCUUCCAUUUAAGAAUGAUGGAGGCCACUGUGUUCUUGGGGACCUUCAAUGCAGCAGAAAUGUGUUGGUACCCUUCCCCAGAUAUGUGCCUCGACACAAUCCUGUCUCGGAGCUCUAUGGACAAUUCCUUCGACCUCAUGGCUUGGUUUUUCCUCUGACAUGCACUGUCAACUGUUGGACCUUAUUUAGACAGGUACGUGCCUUUCCAAAUCAUGUCCAAUCAAUAGAAUGUACCACAGGUGAACUCCAAUCAAGUUGUAGAAGCAUCUCAAGGAUGAUCAAUGGAAACAGGAUGCACCUGAGCUCAAUUUCGAGUCUCAUAGCAAAGGGUCUGAAUACUUAUGUAAAUAAGGUAUUUCUGUUUUAAAAACCAGUUUUUUCGCUUUAUCAUUAUGGGGUAUUGUGUGUAGAUGGCAAAAAAAAUUUUUAUAAUAAUCCAUUUUAGAAUAAUAACUGUAAUGUAACAAAAUGUGGAAAAGGUCAAGGAGCCUGAAUACUUUCCGAAGGCACUGUAUGUAAGAAUUUGAUGUCAAAUGCUACUGUAUUACCUUAUGUCUCAGUCAUUAUGAAAAUAUAUUUGUUAGUCAUUUUGAAGCUGCAAAAGUGGUCUACUCUAAUGUUGAGGUGAGUCCAUGGCCCUCAUGUAUUUAAUUUUAGGCUAUAGGCUACAUUAAGAUUAAUAUCUAAGAGCCCUCCAAACCAUGUGCUUAUGAUCAUACUGUAUAUUUAGACUAAUUCAACUAACUAUUGUCGUUUUUGGUUCUUCAUCAAAUAAUGUUUUAUUUUUUUCAAAUAACUUGCAUAAUCUUUAGCAAGCUAGCAAAAUUUGUCAAGGAAACUUUCAAAACAACAAACCGAGCUCUCUCGUUCUGCAUUCCAUAUGUGUUCUGAUGACAUGCCAUAGCUUCCUCCGAGGCAGCAAAACAAUUGUAUCACUCCUCUCCCAAUGAAUCUUCCAGCAGUGUUUUAAAAGUAGCUAUUCUACCCUAGUAGCCUCCCACUUUACUAAAUUACUUUAACCCUUAUCCUCUCUGGAGGCAGAAGAGUAAGUAUGCCUAACAUGCCAUUCUGCCAUAGUACCUUCUCCAGAAGCAGUAACAUCUAUAAUAUAUAUCUAUCUGAGAUGCUACGUUCCCCGGGGCAGCCAUAUCAACAGUAUACACCAUUCUGUCAUAGUACCUUCUCUCGAGGCAGCAGAUUUCUAAUCGUACCUUCUCUGCACAUCUGCCAUAGUUCCUGCCCUUGGGGUAGCAAGAACUGCUUACUAACUUCAACCUUAUGCCUGCAGAGGCAGUUAAGCCAACGGUAUCACUCCUUUUGCCAUAGCUUCCUCGAAGGCAGAAAAAAAAAUGGUAUUACUCCUAUCCCAAUGGCUCUUCCUUUGAGGCAGCAAAAUAAAUAGCAGCAGUAACUUUACUAGAUUACUUUAACCUUAUUAUACUCCCUGGAGGCAGAAGAGUAAGUAGGCCUAACAUGCCUUUCUGACAUAGUAUCUUCCCCUUCCCUGGAGGCAGCACAGUUCUAAUCACACCUUCUCUGCACAUCUGCCAUAGUUCCUGCCUCUGGGGUAUUAAGCUCUAAGUACGGCUCCCACACAUCAGGACUGUUUGAGCACUGCUCUGGAUCAAAGCAUUCUAGAGCAACAUCCAACGGGGUAGGCACUGUUGUCUGAGGCGCCGCUUCUCCCUCACAAAACAUUCUCUAUAAUAAUCAUAUCAUUGUCUCACUCUCACUACGCUAACCCCGUUCUCUUAUUGACUGAAAACUCAAUAUAGGAGUAGCACAUUAAACUCUGAAUCAGUACACAGCUCUACAUCUGUAAGUCGCUCUGGAUAAGAGCGUCUGCUAAAUGACUAAAAUGUAAAUGUAAAUGUACACCAGAGGAACAUGUAAGUAGAGUACAUCAUGAUUACUUCAGUGUUUCAGUUUAACUCAGUCAGUACUUAAAGGGAUGCUAGUAGAUACCCGUAAACUUCGUCAUUGCGCUAAUGCUAGUUAGCAUUGGCUCGCGAAGCUACCUCUAACUUCCUUAAUAUUGGACACAGAGACAUAAAAUUGCUAUCCACAAGUUCAUCUGACACUGGGGAAGUAGAUCAAGUUUAUUAUUGCUAAAUACCCAAAGUAUCCCUUUAAAGUGAUAGUUCACUCCAAUGAUUUUACUCCUCAAACGUUGUGUAAUGUCGAGUCCACAUCCCUCAGUUGAGUAUAAUAGAUCAAUUUAUAUGCCUCAAUCCCAAAUAAUAAUAAAAAAUAGACGGUGGCUGUCUUUUCCUUUCAUUUAGAAGGGUUGGUUGUUUAGCAACAAAACCGACACAUGCGCAACUAUUGGGCAAAACAGACAGGGUUGGCUUAGAUUGUUGACAACAUGUAAACUAUAUUUAGUCUCCAAAUGUUUAUUGAAAACAUAAAUACAUUUGCACAAUGAGAACUUGUCUCUCAAAUACAUCGUUACAGUUGUUGGUUAGCUAGCUAGCAAAUGUUUUGCCAUAUUAGCAUUAACAUGAAAUAAGUCAAAACACUUCAAAACAAGACAUGGUAUCAAGAACAAAAUACAACUAGCUGAAACGAGCCACCUACGAUUCCCCACAUGGAAGCUUCUUGUCAUAGAGCCCCACAGUGGUGUCAUAAUACCCAUAAAACCUAGCGGUCAAACAGGGAUAUGGUUCCAAUCGUUUUUCCACCAUUCAUUUUUCCCAUAGGGGAUUUUAGAAACACUUAAAAUAAGGGCUGCGUUUCGCGCAGGCUUACCCUGGCAUGACGUUUUGAUAAACAUGUACAGUUAAUCUCUCUCGGACAAGUUGACUUUUAUCAAUAUAUUUGGCUCUAUUAACUCUCAGAUUUCGAAAAUGCUAAUUAGCAUCAAAGUAGACAUCAUGCAAAACUACAAAUCCCUGCAAGCUCCUGCACGUCAUCUCUAACUGAUGCCUUUGCUAACAGGAAUUGUGUCAAUUUAAAACUUGCACAAGACAGUUAAAAGAAUUGUCCAUUUAAAGAAAUGUAGCCAAUUCAUUCAUUACUACAUUUAGCUAACAUUAGAUAGUUAAUCCAGAGAUUCUUACCUUUGCCCUUCGACUCGGCAGUCUCGUCCAGAUCAUCGUGGCAUUUGUAGUUUUUAUUAUUAUUAUUUUUUAUUUCACCUUUAUUUAACCAGGUAAGCCAGUUGAGAACAAGUUCUCAUUUACAACUGCGACCUGGCCAAGAUAAAGCAAAGCAGUUCUUUAUGAUAGCCACAUUAGCUGAAAUAUAGAUCUGAAAACAUCGGACAAACAUUUUGUAGUGAACUAUCGUUUUAAGAGGACUGAUGUGCAGAUUAAAAGUGGUGUUUCUAUAAGACUGCUGAUUUUAUUGUAUUUUCUUUCUGCAUUACAGAAUCCAGUAAUUGUAACAAAAUUAACACCUGAAACAACCACAAAAUUUACAGAAACCUCAUACAGGUGACUAUUUAUUGCUGAUAACAUUGUUACAAUAAUUAUAACAUCCUCUGAAUCAAAUGUAAGGGUGAUUAUUGUCCUGUGGCUCCCAGGCUCCAGUGCUCCGAUGCAGGUCUGUUUCAGUGCAGUUUGACAGGGCUGGUGUUUCUGAUGGAGGGGGAGGUGCUGUACAAGACUGUCCAAUGGGACGAGAAUCUCCUGCAUUCUACAGGCCGGACUCCUGCAGGACCCCUGUUCAGUAUUGAGUGUCCUCAGGGGUCUGUCUGUCAGCUACACCUCCCACACUGUGAGAUUCUCUCUGAUGAGUUACACACCACUCAAGCAAUCAUAAAAAUGAUCAAAACAAUGGCUAAAUGACACACAGUGUUUGUUGAUAUUUCUGUUUUGCAGGAGAUGGUCUUGAUUCCCUGUCUGUGGCCCAUGUUACUGGUGACAGUGUGUAGGUUUUACCACCGCUGAGGGUGACUGACACACACAUAGUGGUAAACACCACCAACCUCUCCUUAUGGGGCCUUGUCAGAAAGUAUAUACGGGAAGCCCUGCUCUCGAUCAAGGGGCAGGUGUUGCCUUUCCAAUCACUCCAAUCAGUUCUCAAUGUGAUCGUCCUGCCAUCAAAUGUGCCACUUGAACAGGUAAAAAAUCCCUUCUGA